AUGUCGAUAAACGAGUUGGUGGAUGCCCGUGAUGUCAGCAUUGGAGCCUGGUUUGAAGCUCAUAUAGAAAAUGUUACCCGAGCAACAAAGGGACAUAAGAAUGGUAAAGCUCAAGGAAAAAGUGGUAACAGUUACAAAAGGACUAAUGGAAACUUAAGUCAAGAUCAUUCUAGAGAAAAUGCAAAUAAUUUGGACAGUACACCAUCCACAUCUUAUUCAGACUGUAUGGACACUGAUGAAGAAGCUAUUUAUCAUAUCAAGUAUGAUGAGUACCCAGAGAAUGGCAUAGUGGAAAUGGACACCAGUAAUCUUCGACCCCGAGCAAGAACCAUUCUAAAGUGGAGUGAACUAAAAGUGGGUGAUGUGGUGAUGGUUAACUACAAUGUUGAGACUCCAGAAGAAAGAGGAUUUUGGUUUGAUGCAGAAAUUACCUCUUUGAGAGAAAUCUCAAGGACUAACAAAGAGGUUCAUGCUAAAAUUCUGCUGGGAGGCCCAGAAGACACAAUAAAUGAUUGUAAAAUCCUUUUUAUAGAGGAAAUGUACAAGAUUGAAAAGCCAGGAGCCUAUCCAUUGACAUUUGGGGAUGGAGAUUUCAAAA